AUGUCAAUUCAGUGGGGGUUACCUCUGCUGGAGACCUGCUUUGACGAAGAUAAAUACAACAAACUGUCCACGACUGCCGUGGACCCCAAUUUCGAGCCUCCCGAGCCUGGUAAGGUGCCAACAUUUAACGGCGAAACCGGAGAAUGGAUCAUUGAUAUCCCUUUGGUGCGGACAUAUCGUGUGUCUCGACGUAAAUUCAGGGCGUUCUGUGCUGAGGACAUAAAUGUGCAGUACGACAAGAAGCUCAAGGACAUUGUUUACUCCGACACUGACACAACAGUCACGGCACAGUUCGAGGAUGGAAGCUCUGCUACGGGCACACUUCUUGUCGGCGCCGAAGGAACCCACUCACUGACUCGGCAUCUCAUAUUUGACAAUGACGAGUCCAAGGCAGCUGCUCAUAGCGUCCUAUUCAAUGCCAUAAACCUGCAUGUGUGCUACAACGACGCAGAAAAGGCGCGUCACGUCCGGCGGCAUCACCCGAUCAUGUAUCACGCUAUCCAUCCAAGGGGGUAUUGGUUGUUUGUUGCCAUACAGGAUGUGCCAGAUCCUGACAAGCCAGAGACUUGGGUGUUUCAGUUACAGUGCACAUGGAAAAAGACGUUGGAACCAGACCUUUCAGAGGACGAAGUCUCGAGUCUAGAGAAGCACAAAAAACGAGCCGAGACUUUUGGUGAACCAUUCAAGAGUGCGAACUUGUGGAUACCUGAAGGGACGAAGUUGUCGGUGAACAAGCUCGGAUACUGGGUACCAGAGAAGUGGAACACACGAAACGGUCGUGUGAUUAUUGCUGGGGACGCUGCUCAUCCCAUGACUUUUCAGCGCGGGCAGGGAUUGAACCAUGGUAUAGCAGAUGCCGCUUCCCUUACCAAGCUCCUAGCUGCUGUAAAAGACGGGAGUAAGUCGCAAGAAGCUGCUAUUGAGGAGUAUGUAGACGAGAUGGUACCACGAGCUGGAGAAGAGGUCAAAAUGAGCAUCGUAAAUACCGAGAUGCUGCAUGACUUUGAGAAGAUGACGAACAGCCCGUUCUUCAAAAAGGGCGGGCAUGCGAAUGCUGGGAACAAGCAGGCUCUGGAGGAGCAGAGAGCGAAGGAGGAAGCUGCAUAG